AUACACACCCGUUGCCACGGCAACGAACGAAAUACACAGAUCUUGUACGUAGGUACGUGUGUAGAGAGAAUGCCUAAGAAAGGUAAAGGAAAGAAGAAGGGGAAGGGGAAGGGAGUUAAGAAGGGAGCUGGCCCUCCCCCACCUCAAAUUGUGGAGGAACAACCUUUGGACAUGUUAUCAAAAGAAUUCUACAUGAUACAGAUCUCUGACCUUGAGAUGAGGUUGGGCCGUUACCAGGAAAAAAGUGAUCGUCUUCAGGUGGAGAACUCUGAGCUUCAGAAGCAACUCAAGCAGCAGUUGGAGGAUCAGGAGCAAAUGAUCACCUUUCUCAAGAAAAAAAGCAGUGAGCAGGCUGAAUCGUUUGUUGACCUGGAAGAGAAACUGGCAGCAGUGCAACAGGCCAUGACAAGUGAGAAGAAGCGCUAUGAGCAGCAGCUCACUCAACUGAAGGAGGACUCACAGAGGGCACUUGACCAGGCGUUAGUGGAAAAUAAAGUGUUGCAGGGACAGCUGGAGGCUCUAGAGAACUUCAGGAUCAACAAGGACAAACUGGAGGCUGAGAUGAAAGAGAAAGAUAAGAUUAUUGCCAAAAACGAGCAGGAAUAUGCUGAGGCACUUUAUAAGUUGGAAAAGAAAUCUGUACUGGACAAAGACAGGAUGAAAAAGGACAUGGUAACAAAGGUAAACUCUGUGGCAUCUGAGUUCCGGAAGGUGUCUGAUCUUCAAAUGGCAGAGACAACAAAACGCACUAUUCGUGAAAAUGUGGCUAUCAAUUCACAACUCCAUAAAAUGUCUGCCACAACCACAGAACUCAUUAGAGAAAAUGACCAACUUAAAGCAGAAAUGAGAAAAAAAAGAAGAGAUAUUGAAAUCCUAGAAUUCAAUGAGAGGGAGUUAACUCAACGCAAUAUCAGCAAUCAGAAAGUGUUGAAACUCAUGAAAAACAAGUCAGAAGAACAAGGAAUGCAUGCUUCUAUGUUGCAAGACAGAGCCACAAAAUGUACUCUCAUGGAGGCUGAGGCUAGCACGGCUGAAGAGCAGGUGCUGGGCUAUCAAAAGGAGGCAGAGUUCUACAAGGGCAAGCUGCAUUAUGUGGAGGAAGAGCUCAAAGCUACACUGGAGCAAUUGGCACACACAAGCAGUGAAGUAGCCAAUAUGUCUAGUACCCUUAGGAAAGCUUCUCUGGCUAUUCAAGCUUCCCUUCAACCUGGUUCCAUUGAGUCUGGUCACCCAGCACAAAGAGAAAAUCUGCUAGCCGCUCUAUUGGACCUACUCAAUUGUGAUCAAUCUACGAAUAGUGGUUCUCACAACAAUACACAUAAACUGAAAUUGCCCAGUUACAAACCAGGUGACUUGGGAAUUGUACCAUCUCAAAAGAGCACUGUGAAUGUGUUACCACCAAUAGACAAUGCAACUUCUCUCAUAGGAAUACCAAAACAAACGUAUGUACAAUGAAUGGUUCCAGAAUUGUCCAUUGGAAAUACGUCAUAAUUAUUGUGUAUGCUAAUUAUAGUUUUGUGCUCUACAACAUGCAGUGUUCAAUAUUAUAGCAGAUGUGAACAGAUCAAAGAAACAAUGCAAUCAAAACAUAAUUAUAGUCAAAAAGAAUGGUCUCAAUACACACAAAUGGAGUUAUUGUUCUCACUGCUUUCCCUGUGAGGCCUCUUUCCUUGUAGCAUCUUGUAGUAGAGCUGUAUCCACUUCAUCAGCUGGUAGCUGGACAUAGCGAAUCACAGAGCCCCUAAUGAAGCAGUUCCUGACAGAUGUCUGUUUGUACAGGUGUGUGGGUAAACGUGACAAAGGGAGUAUAAACAGUGAAACCACAUUAUUAAACAAAACUGAAAGCACAGAAAAAAGUACACAUGUAUUAAUGUAGUGGGACUGUUGUUUGCCAGUAUUGGAUUGGAAUUUAGACUACAAUUAAUUUAGUGGGAGUUGCUGUGCAUUGAUACACCCUGUAUGUGUAGUCAUGGGAGAAUGGCAGUAUGCAGCAUUCUAUUGAAGGUCAUAAUUUAGCACAUGACCUGCUAAUGGAACUAAAAGGCAAUUGAAAUUAGCAAGUGUGUAUACAGCCUUGAUUACAAGGUACAAUAAUCCUAAUUGGGUACAAUAAUCAUAUGACAUGCUAUAUCAGUACAAUGGGAAGUACAACUUGUGGCUGUGCAUGACUCACCAAAUGUGGAUAUUUGUCUGGUUCGGGAAUAUUUAUAUCAGUCAACUUUACAUUCAAGUACUGCAUGAAAAUAAUUUAUGUGCAAGAUUUUAAAAUAAAUCUCUAGACAAAAUCAGCUAUCAGCCCCUAUAAUUAUGCGGGAAAGCGGGAACCAACCCAACUAUAGUUGAGGGGUACCCUAACCCUAACCCUUAACCAUAGUUCAAGUCACCUGGUCAACAGAGUCCAAAGUGCCAUUGAUGCUGUGAUGUGUGUGUGUACAUAAAAAUUCAGUUAUUUAGAUGUAAAAUAGAAGUAUUUACGGUCAAAAUGAUUGUGCAUUUCUGUUGCCCAUUUACGGUAAAAAUGUGUUACUAUUUAUAGAGUGCUGACUAAUUACACGUCAUCAAUCUAGCAACGGUAUAUAAAGCAACCCGCCUUCUUGGAGACAAGUCGCAUCUCUCUCAAAGAAAAGGAAUCAUAAAAGAAAACUCUCCCUACAACUCUUCGAACAAAAAGUAUCAUGCAAAUCUUCGUGAAAACUCUCACCGGCAAGACCAUUACUCUCGAAGUCGAGGCCUCUGACACCAUCGAAAAUGUGAAGACAAAAA